CGCCCUGAGCAUCUUCCCGGAGGAACGGAGACAAAGGAGGAUUCAUGUCCAAAGGGCUCCCGGAGACCAGGACGGACGCAGCCAUGUCAGAGCUGGUGCCUGAGCCCAGGCCUAAGCCGGCAGUGCCCAUGAAGCCCGUCAGCAUCAACCCCAACCUGCUGGGCUACAUUGGCAUCGACACCAUCAUCGAGCAGAUGCGCAAGAAGACCAUGAAGACUGGUUUCGACUUCAACAUCAUGGUCGUUGGUCAGAGUGGACUGGGCAAGUCAACGCUAGUCAACACCCUCUUCAAAUCCCAAGUGAGCCGCAAGGCCUCCAGCUGGAACCGGGAAGAGAAGAUUCCCAAGACGGUGGAGAUCAAAGCUAUCGGGCACGUGAUAGAGGAAGGCGGUGUCAAAAUGAAGCUGACUGUCAUCGACACGCCAGGCUUUGGAGACCAGAUCAACAAUGAGAACUGCUGGGAGCCCAUUGAGAAAUACAUCAAUGAACAAUAUGAGAAAUUCCUGAAGGAGGAGGUGAACAUAGCCAGGAAGAAACGCAUCCCUGACACUCGUGUCCACUGCUGCCUCUACUUCAUCUCCCCGACGGGACACUCCUUGCGACCUCUCGACCUGGAGUUCAUGAAACACCUCAGCAAAGUUGUGAACAUCAUCCCUGUCAUUGCUAAGGCUGACACCAUGACCCUGGAGGAGAAGUCUGAAUUCAAGCAAAGGGUUCGAAAGGAGCUUGAAGUAAAUGGCAUUGAAUUCUACCCCCAGAAGGAAUUUGAUGAGGAUUUGGAGGACAAGACGGAGAAUGACAAAAUCCGGCAGGAGAGCAUGCCUUUCGCUGUGGUGGGAAGUGACAAGGAGUACCAGGUGAAUGGCAAGCGGGUCCUCGGCAGAAAAACUCCCUGGGGGAUCAUUGAAGUGGAAAACCUCAACCACUGUGAGUUUGCCCUGCUUCGAGACUUUGUCAUCAGGACCCACCUCCAGGACCUCAAGGAAGUGACACACAACAUCCACUAUGAGACCUACAGGGCCAAGCGGCUCAAUGACAAUGGAGGCCUCCCUCCGGGAGAAGGCCUCCUGGGCACUGUCCUUCCACCUGGGCCAGCCACCCCCUGCCCCACUGCAGAAUGAAGGCCAUUUCAAGCGCCGCCCCUCCCUCCGUAUUCCUCUCAGCUGUUAUUGCUGCAGGGCCACGCCCUUUUUAGUGCUGUGCGUGUCCAGCCAACACCACGGCCCCUCUCAGCCCGCAGCCGGUGGGAGGGGCCAGCUGCCUCUUUAGGACAGUUGCUUCUUCCAUUCAUCCAAACCACCCCUCUCCUCCCAGUGGAAUGGAGUUCUCGCCAGCACUGCCCUCCUCCGUCAUCUGUGUCAGCUGGUCCUAGCCCAUCUGUAGGGUGAAAGAGCUCACCAAGAGCUCCUGCCCUUGCAAACCCAUACCGGCUACUUGUAACCGUCUCCAAGGGCAGUGGCACUGCUCCCCGUCCAUUCAUCCGCAUGAGCUACUCUUGGCUUCCUAAAAGGGUCAAGAAAGCAACUUUUCUGCUUGUCAGAUUUGUUGACGUCAGCUGUGUGAGCCCCAAGGUGGGACGAGGGUGUCUCCUUCAUUGCUCAAAGCUUAUUGAUAAGGAUGGGUCACUACAGAUGUGGGGGAGCAAGGGCUAGGGUCACUUUUUAAAACAUCACUGCUUGUGGCUGGCCCGGAGGGCAGUCACACACCCUCCCUGCCCCAUAAUGCAGCCACUUAGGGAGCGUGGUUUUCCUGAGACAUUCCUGGAGUUGACUUCCUUAUCCUCAAACUUUAAAUAAGAACUAAAUGCACACACAAAACUCCAGAAAGUCACAGGAUGUGAACUCUAGGAGGAAAAAAGCACCCUUCUGUCCACUUAGCAAUAAGAGGGAAUCUCUUCCCCCGCACCCGAACCACUCCACCCCACCCCCUCCCCGACUCCGUUAACGUGAGUA